GGCGGACAAGAUGGCGGCGGCUGGGGCCGGUGUGGGUCGGCUAGAAGAAGAGGCUUUGCGGCGAAAGGAACGGCUGAAAGCCCUACGGGAGAAAACUGGGCGCAAGGACAAGCAAGAAGCAGAACCAAAGACGAAGCAGCUCAGAGAAGAGGAGGAGGAGGAGGAGGAGGAGGGCGAGAAGCACAGGGAACUCCGGCUGCGGAACUAUGUCCCCGAGGAUGAGGACCUGAAGAGGAGGCGGGUGCCCCCGGCCAAGCCAGACCUGGCCAAUCUCGCCCCCCGGAAGCCUGAUUGGGACCUCAAGAGAGAUGUGGCCAAGAAGCUGGAGAAGCUGGAGAAGCGGACACAGAGGGCCAUCGCCGAGCUGAUCCGGGAGAGACUGAAGGGCCAGGAGGACAGCCUGGCCUCUGCAGUGGGUGCCACCACGGAGCAGGAGGCCUGCGACUCAGACUGAGGUGUGCCUGCCCUGUCGUCCUGUGGGCAGUGGUCGUGGCGGGUGGGACUGGACUUGCUGUGACUCCCGCCUUACUCAGUCUGGGCUGAGGUCG